AUGUAUGUGAAAUGGUUUGAUACAGUAAUGUUUUACUAUGUGAUUUUAGUGUAUUUAGUGAAUGUCACUUUUUCACAUUUUUAAAUUUCCCGCCGUUCCAUCCCCAUACGUCCUGACGUCGCAGGGAACGGAACCCAGAAGACAGAUGCCGGCAUCGGAGGACACUGCAGGGGGGACAUCGCGGGAGCGAAGGACAAAGUAAGUGAAGAAGAGAUCCCAGAGCAACGCUGCAAGGUAUUCCCGAGUGUAGCUCGGGGUUACCGCUUGUGCUACACUCGGGAAUACCUCCAGGGAGGUUA